GAGACGGAGCGCCUCUGUCUGCACCCUCUCCGGUGCCGCUUCUCCGUGUCGCUGCAGUGCUUUGCUGCGCCCCUGCCUAUCCGUCUUCUUUCUUUCCCCGCUUUUACUCAAAGCCUCAUUUGUUUUUUCUUUUCUCACCUGCGUCCUCCGCACCCCCCCUCCCUCAUCCUCCCUGCGGAUGCCUUUAUCCUUGCACCCCCACUAACCCGCACACAGCAUCCCGGCAAAUGGUCCUCCUUCCAUCCACACGGCAACUCUGGACGCAGGGCGCAGCGAAGAGGCGCACCUUUCCUUUUUGAUCUGAUCUAAGCUCACUGCGGAUUGACUUGGAAGAGGGGCGGAUCAGAGGCAGCAGGGGAGCGAGGAGAAGAUUGAAAGCGGCCAAAAUCUCAUUUGGCAAUGCCAGUGCCAGACCAGCCAGCAGAGCAGGAGAAGGGGGCUAUGGUUGCCCCUGUGAUGCCUGCCUCCAACGGAGACAGACCUGAGACGGAGACAGCAUCGUCAAUCCUGGCAUCUGUCAAAGAACAGGAGCUUCAGUUUGAACGUCUAACCAGAGAACUUGAAGCUGAGCGUCAGAUUGUCGCCACGCAGCUGGAGAGAUGUAAGCUGGGAUCAGACGCGGGCAGCAUGAGCAGCAUCAGUUCGACAGAUGAGCAGUUUCGCUGGAAUGCUCAAGCAGAUGGACAGAAGGACAUUGAGGAUGAGUUAACCACUGGUUUAGAGUUAGUAGAUUCCUGCAUUCGCUCUCUACAGGAAUCAGGAAUUCUUGACAGCGGUGAACGACCGGCUCUCCUUUCCCAGAGUUCCUUGCAGCUCAACUCCACCCCGGAGGCUUCGCUCCAGUACUCUGCCAGCUACCAUAGCAACCAGACCCUCGCCCUUAGCGACAGCAUUUCUGCAGCAACUCCUCAGCGUGGCGUGCAGGUUGGAGGAGCCGUGCACAGCUACAACCAGGUGACAUCUAGUCGUGCAGCCCAGCAACAACAAUCGCAAACUGGGGCAGGAUCAGGGAUCUACUACUCAAGCUCUACUUUACCUGCACAGCGAGUCAGUUCCCCCCUGUCCGGUGGAGGAAGUUCAGGGUCAGGUUCUCCCAGUAAACACCAACGGUUGGGCUCUGCCACUGACACACCAGGCUACUCCACUACCCAGCGCCUGCCUUCCUCCUCCCCCUCAUCUUCUCCCAGCAAACAGUCUACAGCUAAUAGACUGGCCAAAUCAUACAGUACUACAGUUGCAGUUACAACAGCAGGAGGUGGGUCACCACUGAGGGUGGCAUCUCCGCCUAACUCUACAGCAACUGGAGGAGGAAACAGUUCAUCAUCGUCUCCUCUUCAUCAGAUGAGUUCUGGCAUAGGAAGCUAUGCCACUCUGUCUCCUAAGCGGCUGGCAGCUCAUCACGCUUCUGACCAAUACAAGAUCUCACACGAGCUCUACGCUACUGCUACCCUACAAAGACCUGGCAGUUUGGCAGGUUCCCGUGGCUCCUACAGUAGUCAACACAGUCAAGAAACCGUUCGGCCCUUAGGGUCUCCAGAGCACCACAUAGAUCCUAUCUAUGAGGAACGUUUAUACCACAACAAGGGCCCUAUGAGGAGCCUGAGUCAGAGCCAGGGACCAGACACAGGCCCCUACCGCAACAACACUGACUUGAUGAUGCAUGUCCAUAGCCACGUCCGUGACCUAAGUUAUGUCCUCUGUCCGUACUUUGCCCCCAUAGCACCCUCCUCCCCUGGUGUAGACUCGACCCCUUUGCAGCGAACAGGAAGUCACGGCACUGGGACAGGGAGCUACAGUCGUGGUGGGACCAACAACUAUGCCACAGUGGGGCCAGGAUAUACUUCGAGCGCCGGCGGAGGGGGAGAUGUUUAUGGGUCAGACCCUUAUGUUGCGGACCCCUACCGCACCCUACAAUACUGCCCCUCUGUGGUGGAAUCUCCUUACAGCAAGUCUGGACCAGCCCUACCACCGGAAGGAAGCCUGCAGCGUUCACCAUCCAUCGACUCUAUACAGAAAGACCCAAGAGAGUUUGGGUGGAGAGAUCCGGAGCUGCCAGAGGUGAUCCAGAUGUUGCAGCACCAGUUCCCAUCAGUGCAGUCCAAUGCUGCAGCUUACCUGCAGCAUCUCUGCUUUGGAGACAAUAAGAUUAAAGCUGAGAUCCGUAGACAGGGGGGAAUCCAACUGUUGGUUGAUCUGCUGGAUCACAGGAUGAGUGAAGUACACCGGAGCGCCUGUGGAGCAUUGAGGAAUCUGGUGUACGGCAAAGCCAAUGACGAGAAUAAAGUAACCCUCAAGAACUGUGGAGGGAUUCCUGCUUUAGUCCGUCUGCUUAGGAAGACUGGGGAUGUGGAAAUCAGAGAGCUUGUUACAGGUGUUCUUUGGAACCUGUCAUCAUGUGAUGCCCUGAAGAUGCCAAUUAUCCAAGAUGCACUUGCUGUUCUGACCAAUAGCGUCAUCAUACCGCACUCCACCUGGGAUUCUUCUCCUGGUCAUCUUGAUGAUCGAAAGCUCCACCUUCAUACUUCCCAAGUGCUGCGCAAUGCUACUGGCUGUCUCAGAAAUGUAAGCUCAGCAGGAGAGGAGGCCCGACGCAGAAUGAGGGAGUGUGACGGACUUACAGAUGCUCUGCUCUACGUUAUCCAGACCUCUUUGGGCAGUAGUGAGAUCGACAGCAAGACUGUAGAGAACUGUGUUUGUAUUCUGAGAAAUCUGUCAUACAGACUGGCUGCUGAGACAUCCCAUGGCCAGCAAGGUGGUCUUGAAGAGCUGGAUGGGCUGCUUUGUGAUGCAAAUGGUUGUGAAGGAGAGAGCUCUGGCUGCUGGGGAAAGAAGAAAAAGAAAAAGAAGGGAGCUGACCAGUGGGAUGGUGUGAGUCCCUUUCCAGACACAGCAGAGCCUCCCAAAGGGGUUCAGAUGUUGUGGCACCCCACCAUCGUCAAGCCAUAUCUCACUCUGCUCUCUGAAUGCUCAAAUCCUGACACUCUUGAAGGUGCAGCUGGGGCCCUACAGAACCUUGCUGCAGGCAGCUGGAAGUGGUCUGUGUACAUCCGGGCUGCAGUCCGUAAGGAGAAAGGCCUUCCUAUUCUUGUGGAGCUACUGAGGAUAGACAACGACAAGGUGGUGUGUGCUGUCGCCACAGCGCUUCGGAACAUGGCCCUGGACAUCAGGAACAAGGAGCUUAUAGGAAAAUAUGCCAUGAGGGAUUUGAUCCAUCGGUUACCAGGCAGUAGUAGCAGCAGCAACAAUAAUACCACCAGCAUCGGAACGUCAGGCACUCCCAGCAAGGCCAUGUCAGACGAUACAAUUACUGCCAUAUGCUGCGCGCUACAUGAGGUGAUAAUCAAGAAUAUGGAAAAUGCAAAAGCGCUACGUGAUGCUGGAGGGAUUGAAAAACUCAUCGGCAUUGCCCGCAGCAAAGGAGACAAACACUCGGCAAAAGUGGUAAAAGCAGCCUCUCAAGUCCUUAGUAGUAUGUGGCAAUACAGAGACCUGCGCUCCCUCUAUAAAAAGGAUGGUUACUCUCAGCAUCAUUUUGUGGGUUCGGCUUCAACAAUAGAGAGAGACAGACAGAGGCCCUAUUCCUCUUCGAGGACUCCCUCUGUUUCUCCUGUCAGGACAUCACCCAAUAACCGAUCUGCAAGCGCUCCUGCCUCCCCCAGAGAGAUGACGAGUCUGAAGGAACGCAAGAUGGACUAUGAUUCCACGGCAACUAACGCUGGUUUCCAUAGCAACAAAGGAGAGCAUACAUCCCGGAAAGACGGCAUGGCAGUUCAAGUGUCCUGUGGGUCCUCUACGUUGUUCCGAAACUCUUACCUGACAGCCAGUGAUGAAAUCAAGCAAAACCAGAGCCCAGUGCCGCCCUGCGUUGUUCCCCCUCAACCCCAGCAAGAUAGCCCAUCAGCAGCCAUGCUAAAAGACUACGACCUUUACCCCCCUCCGCCUUCCUUUCCCCAGCCCCAGCCGCCACAGCCUCCACCUCACAGCCAGAGUCGCAGCUUUGACGAAGCCUACUACGACGACCCAGGACCCCCGCCUCCACCAUCACAGCCACAGCUACAGGCGCAGGCCCAGCCUCAGGCCCAACCCCAGCCACCUCCAAAUGCCACAGGACCACCUCGUGAUCCCCGGGAGGACCUUCGAAUGCAUCUGGGCCUCAAGUCCACCGGCAACUACGUAGACUUCUACUCAGCCUCACGGCCAUACAGCGAACUGAACUAUGAGACCAGUCACUACCCGGCCUCACCUGAUUCCUGGGUGUAGUUAGAUCAUAAUGGGAGGGAGGGGGCAGGAGCAGUCUAUGUGUGCUUGCGUGAAAGGGAUCGUUUUUGCAGGAGAUUAAUACAAAUUUAAAAAAAGACCUCAUGCCUAUAAAAAAAGGUAAUUUGUGUUCUUAAAAAAAAGCUGUGUGCGAGCUUAAUGUGGUAGAAGGGAAAGUCAGGUAAAGUGAUGAUGAGAGACUGUGCAUGUGCAUGCAAACAUAUUUUAAUUAUUUUUUUCUCAACCACUUUAUCUUUUUUUUUAAAGUUAGCUCCAUUUCAUUUCCAAGUGGAGUCAGUAGGAGUUAAUAUGAGGAUCUGAGUUUCACAGACUGUAUAGGGAGUGGGAGAUGAAACAUUAAAAAAAAGAGAGUGUAUAUAGAUGCCUUGAGUGGAGAGAUCAAGAAAUAAUGGUGUGCUGAUGAGGAAAGGCUCUCACUCUGUAGGAGCAGGAAGUGGUCUGACCUUCUAUUGCAGUCAGAGAUAAAGAGAGAUAAGAGACUGAGAUGGCCUGAGCAUUUACAAGGUGAGGAAAAAUAAAAGCACAGAGAAAGAUGAAAGCACACCAGCCCGAAGGGACGAAGUGGAUUUUUACCAUUUCACCAAAGUGACAAACGUAGCACUGCUUUUCUUCUAUAUUUUUCGUUGCUGAUACCUUGCUGCAUGUAGAGUCUUUGGAAUUUCUUUUUUUUUUCUAAAUGAGACUUUAAGUCAUUGUUAUUUUGUCUGAUUUUCCUUUUUUUUUUGUCUUUCUACUUUUUUAUAUUUACACUUUCUGGUGCAUUUUUUAAUUUCCUGUGUACACUUAAUAAGAGGAUUUAAUGUGUAUAUUACACAUUUUGGAUGGGCUGCUCAUAUAAAUCCAGAUCUUUAUUUUCCAACUAAUUCAAAGAGUGACACGGGAAUUCAGAAAAGGGAAACAUGAACACAGUAAUCAUGAAAGACAGGCUGGCUGUGAGUGGACAGAUUUUUUUUUUCCUUCCCCUUUUUUCCCUGGCCAGAGAGGAGUCCCUGGGAUGUUUGUGAUUUUGCUCUCUCCAUCAAGUGAAAUUUCUCAAGUGGACAUAAUCAAACGUCAAGAGCAUCAAAGUGGCACAGCAGCGGUGCUCGGAGUCACAAUCAAGAAAAGUGCUUUUUUUUGUUCACUGCCAAAAGAGUAUAUAGAUGUAUGUUUAAAGCACACUCUGUCUUCGGAAAUGGACAGCUGUUUGACUUUGGGGAUGUGAUAUCUUUAACAGUGUUAACUAUCAGUCAUUACUUUUGCAUCAAAACUAGUCUGUUUGGCUAAAUUCACCAUGAUUCCAGUUCAUGUCGAUGUACAGUAGAGAUGAAGAAAAAAAAAAAGAGACAUGACGUUGUGCCAAACUUUGACAGAUCAAUGACUGGUCCUAGAGGACAAGAUGGGGAAUAUUGUCAAGGUUUACAUUGACUUGAUGGCUGUCUCCUCUGUUUGUAGCUUUGAUUUUCUUGUGUUUUAAUCAGGUGAAGCCGUAGUUAUUGCCGGGGGGGAUCGUGGAUACCUUCUCCCUCCCAUAGUUGUACAGACCUGCCUCUCCAUUCUGGCCGAGCAUGUGUGGGCGUGCGUUUGGGACACGUGCGUGUUUACGUAUACGUGCAUGUGUGUGACAGAACGGAUGGCCUGUGAGUGUGCUCAUGUAGGUACGAGCGAGUGUAUCUAUGCAUGCAUGUGUGUAAUAGUGUGCGUGUGCCUUUUGUUGGGUUGUAUGUGUGUGAGCGUUUCCUGUGAAAAAAAAAAGAUCAAUGUCCUAACAAAGGCAUUCCUACUGACAGUUUGUCCGGUUUUACAGCAUAAAUAUAAAGUAAAAAAAAAACACUAGAAUGACUAAGACAGAAGACAAAUCUAUAAAUACAUGAACAUAAAUAUAUAAUUAUAUAGAUAUAUAAUUUUUAUGUGCUGAUGUCAAUGUCACUAAUUGCAGCAAAUGUCCGCCGAAAAAAAUGAUUAUGUGGUGUAAAAAAGGAUUCUUGUUCACUUGAUCCAAACAGUAAAAGUGCUGAUAUGCCCUGUUCAUCCCGCCCCUCCACAACACUCACACUUAUUUUCACCUCUACAACACGCACACAAUGCCCUACACACACAAAUCCUAAUCAAGACAAAACAUAAGUUCCACCUGAAGAUGCUCUGGCUGUGUGUUAUAGUGUGUCUAUGCUUAUUAGAUGAUUCUGCUGAGAGAGGACCGUACUUGAAACAAAAGGGGAAAAAAUAAAAGACUCUUUUCAAUCAAAAA